AAGGUUGUCCUCAAAGCCCAGGAUCUUCUCGACAGCUCCGCGGCAUCAUGACGGUGGGCGCCCGGCUCCGGAGCAAGGCGGCGAGCAGCUUCGCGCGCCGGGGGCCCCUGGGGCGAUCUCGAGGCUCCGGGGACGAGGAGACGGAUGUCAUCGUGGAGCACCUAGAGGGCGAAGACGAUGACCCAGCAAGCCAGGACGAUACGCGCGAGGAGGGCGGGCGACGCGCGGGGACUCCAAGCGCGCGCAGAGUACACCUGGCUGCGCUGCCCGAGCGCUACGAGCCCCUCGAGGAGACCUCGCCAGACGACAAGCCCAAGAAGAGGUUUCGGCGAAAACUGAAGAAGUACGGCAAGAAUUUCGGGAAGGCCAUAAGCAAAGGAUGCCGGUACAUUGUCAUUGGUCUGCAUGGAUUUGCUGCAGCCUACUCCUCCCCGUUUGGAGUGGCCACCAGCGUGGUGUCCUUUGUGCGCUAACCAGAGCUACAGGGGCAGGCAUCAGCAGAAUGCUUCUGCCCCAGGGAGCAGUGUGAACCCACCAGCACUUCCGACUCGAACUCACAGGAACUCUGAAGAUGAACUCUACUUUAUGCUCCAUUGUUGAACUGGUUGAGUGUUAGGCAGAAACCAUCCCCGCACAUCCGCUGAGCCACUCGGUUCUCUUGGACAUGGGUGGAUCCGGGGAUCAGAUCUGCGGAGAGUUAGGCCAAGAUCAAAUUGGGGAUAGGGUUAGUUUGCUUCCUGUACUGGCUAGAGCCUUUCUGGGGUACAGGCAAGCAGACUCAUGGCAGGUCUGGGGUCUGAGCCAUGCGGGUCAUGGGCGAGUUGUGAGGGAAGAGGAUACAGACCUCUAAUGGGAUAGUUGCUAGGUUCUGGAAAGGUCGAGAUGGGCACGCCUUCCUUGAUCCCCUCACUGAGGGCAGUGAGGGAACUGUUUCUGAGGCUCUCUCUCCCCCAUCACUGUCAUCGCAAGUUUAAUUACAGGUUUGGGAAGACAGAAAGACGGAAACGGAAACUGUCUUUGAAGACCACGAUCUUUUGAAACCCGAGUUCACAGCUGUGUGGGGACUGUUGAAAGUAGAUCAGAGAGUGUCAUCUUCAUAAGUGUUUCAUAACUGCACGCCUGGCAAUGAGGAAGGGAGGGCAAGUUUAGAAGCUGGGAGGCUGCAACAGGUGCCUUCCGAGUCUGAACCUGGUCCAGCUAUUGUGUUCAGAGCAGGCAGGACUCCUGCAGGUGUGACUGUCCAUGCCAGUUCACUGCUUGAGAAGAGAGAGA